AUGUCGAGCGAUAUUCGGUCAAUUCAAAUGCUAAUAAUCAAUAAUAAAGUAUUUCAAUGUACUCAAUCAACUUGUUUACCAUUUUAUAACUUGAUAACAUCAGACAUUCGUCGUUGUCAAAUCAAUUGUUUAAAUCGAAAUGAAUGUACGGCAGUUACUUUUCAUCAAUCAACUUUACAAUGUCAAUUAUUUGCUACUUCAAUCAAUCAAAAUACGAGCAUGUCAGUUGAAAUAAAUGCUGUGACAAUGAUCACAAUUUUCAGAUCACGAUAUUCAUAUGAUCUGACGACGAUUUUAGCAGCAUCAUCAACUUCAUCGUCAACAUCGUCAUCGCCAACAACCUCAUCAUCAACAGAAGCACCGCGUGUAUGGAUGCAAACUAAAUCUCUCAAUGCCGCACGAGUUAGUCAUACAGCAUCAAUAUUACCUAAUGGAAAGGUUUUAGUUAUCGGAGGAUAUGGUGCUACUUAUCUCAAUAGUGGUGAACUAUAUGAUCCAUUAACAGACAACUGGACAAAAACAGGAAAUAUGAGUGUUGCACGACAAUAUCAUACAGCAACACUUCUAUCAAAUAGAACAGUUUUAGUUAGUGGGGGAUACGAUGGUAGUGUUUCUCUCAACUAUGCUGAAUUAUAUGAUUUGUCAACAGGCAACUGGACAAAAACAGGAAAUAUGAAUUUUGCACGACAGUAUCAUACAGCAACAGUUUUAUCAAAUGGAAAAGUUUUAGUUAGUGGGGGAAAUAAUGGCAGUGUUUAUCUAAACUAUGCUGAAUUAUAUGAUCCAUUAACAGGCAACUGGACAAAAACAGGAAAUAUGAAUGUUGCACGAAAAUAUCAUACAGCAACACUUCUAUCAAAUGGAAAAGUUUUAGUUAGUGGGGGAAAUAAUGGCAGUGUUUAUCUAAACUAUGCUGAAUUAUAUGAUUUGUCAACAAACAACUGGACACAAACAGGAAAUAUGAAUGUUGCACGACAUGGUCAUGCAGCAACAGUUUUAUCAAAUGGAAAAGUUUUAGUUAGUGGCGGAUACAAUGGUGAUUUUACGAGCAGCGCUGAAUUGUAUGAUUCAUCGAAAGAUAAUUGGACAACAACGAGUAAUAUGAGUUUUGGACGAACUGACCAUAGAGCAACAAUUUUACCGAAUGGAAAUGUUUUAGCUACUGGUGGGUGGAACGGUUCUAGCACGACCAGUUGUGAAAUAUAUGGAUAA